CCGUGAGGCAGAAAGAGAGAGUACUUCUUUCCAGACAAGAAACUCUUAGUUGCGGUUCUCUGUCUGAGCUGGGCGGGUUUCAUAGGACGCUCCGGACAUUCAGCAUCUGGAGCUUUAUGUGCACACGCUGUUAAAGAGCUAGCAAGCUUUUUACUUCUGCGGGGCAAGGAGACGGAGAGGAGGGACAAAGUACCUGCCUGUCACCGGAGAUCAUAAUGAAGAAAACCAGGGAAGUUAUUGUUGUGAUUGGGAGGAAAACUUGAUUGGAAUGUAAACACGGACCAUCGAUCUCUAAUCAGGAGUGUUUUCCGUCACCAGGAUGACGCCACAUGAGAGCUCCCUCCUGACUCACCUGCUCCUUCUCCUCCAGCUCUUCCUCCCCCUCACCCUGUCCUUUCUGCACCCUUCUCACCCCCCACCGGUCCACGUCCCCACACUAGUACCUCACACACCGAGGCCUCUCACUCGCUCCCACUUCAGCGCUCAGACUCAGCUGGACUUCACAACUCACUGCAACUCUAGCUGCUUUCACAGAGGAGAGCAGGAUGAGCAGCUGACUGAGAAACUGGCUUUCGAGACGCUGUACGCUGACGGCUCUCGCACUCUCACUACUGUAGAUGUGGAGGGUGAGGAUGUGUUUGAGAGUGAUGACCGUCUCUUUGCUCACCCUUCACCCAGGAGAGGGCCCAGAGUGAAGCCCAGACACAAGCGUGUGAGGCGGCAGAUCUAUGGAGCAGACGGCCGUUUUAACAUUCAGGGCGACAACUUCCUGUUGGAUUACCCUUUCUCCACAGCCGUGCGGAUCUCCACCGGCUGCACCGGCGUUCUUGUGUCUCAACAGCACGUCCUCACAGCUGCCCACUGUGUGCAUGAUGGGAAGGAUUAUGUGAAGGGGGCGAGGAAGCUCAGGGUGGGCUUCCUGAUCCCUCCAUCUAUCAAUGGCACAAAAGCCAACCUCAUUUCGGCCAAGAAGCCUCUGGUCCGCUGGGUGAGGGUGAAACGUACACGUGUGCCAAAGGGCUGGAUCCAGGGCCCUCAGGAGGUCAGCAUGGACUUUGAUUAUGCCCUGCUGGAGCUGCGGUGGCCUCACCGACGUCCCUUCAUGCGCCUCUCUGUGGCUCCCUCCUCUGAUGACCUGGCAGGGAAUCGCAUCCACUUCUCUGGUUUUGACAGCGACAGACCUGGGGAGCUGGUGUACAGAUUUUGUCCGGUGGAAGAAGAGUCCAGUGACCUGAUAUACCAGCACUGUGAUGCCCGACCGGGAGCCAGCGGCUCUGGAGUUUAUGGAAGAGUAUGGGACAACAGUUUAGAGCGCUGGGAAAGGAAGGUCAUCGGCAUUUUCUCUGGACACCAGUGGCUGGAGAUAGAUGGAGAGAACCGGGAUUACAAUGUGGCUGUGCGUAUCACUCCUCUGAAGUUUGCUCAGAUCUGUUACUGGGUGCACGGUAACCGGCUGGACUGUGUCCAGGACUGAGAGGGAUAGGAGUAGAAUAAAAGGAGGUUAUGAAAGCAGAGCAAGAAAAACACAAGAAAACACAAAAUCACUGCAAAAAUAAACGUCUUUAUUUCACUUAAAUAAAGAAGAGUGAAACUGGAUUAAAUCCAUACAAAAUAUCAUCCUUCUGUGGUAAACCAGGAAAGCAGAUCUACUCAGUUACUUUCUGAUCUAGUUCCCCUUCAUCGAGUUAUUCCUCUCGUGUGUUUAAUUAGCUGUCUGUAAUCUCUGAGCCUAUUAAACAAUCUGCCUGUGAGAUCAUCACCACGGCAUCUUUUAAUACGUUUUUACUCACAGUCAGUGUUUCCACAGUAUUAACAUAAACCACUUUUUUACAAGAGAGAGAGAGAGAAAAAAAAGCAGUUUUCCUUGUGUGUGUGGUGUGUGUCAGUAACAGCACAUUAUUUUCCUACUGUGGAUUAUCUACUGAGGACAUUUUUCUUUCUUUUCAUCUUUUCUCUACUUUUUGGGGGAAAUGGUUUGGUAUUUUGAUAGCUCCUCAUGGAUCAUUAAGCUUCAUCUGCCACGAUCCACAUUCUCCUAGAUACACAGCUCUAGAGUGCACAGACUAAAGAACUGACAAUAGUUAACGGACACCACUGAUGCCUAACAUUUCAGCAGACAGCUUGCUCUUCACAGUGUGGACUGGAGAGACAGAGUGUUAAUUUUAUUUUUUAAAAGAAUGCUUGAUAUAUUUUAAUAAACAGAGAUUUAUAAGUGCUUGUGUCUUUGUGUCUGGUUUGAGGAGUGGUGUUGGGGUGACCUCCUGUGGUCGUAAUGAUACUGCAGCAUCAAUGGACCUGAACAGCAGUGAUGUGAUUCACCUUGGUUUAAACUGAAUUUAGAGCUGAAUUAAUUGAUUUGUCAAUUGACAAGAAAUUAGUCUGCAAAAAUUUGUCAUUUUUUCACCUAAGAAUGACCUGGUUCCUGUAAAUAUUGUCAUUUCAGCUACCAUGAUUGUAAACUGUCCAUCUUUGGGCUUUAACAGUUCAUUGGACAAAUGAAAUGUUGAAAUAUUUCAACUUGGAAUUUAGGACAUUUUAUAGACCAAACAAUGAAAAUGAUUAAUUAUAGCCCUAACUGAAUUGGAUGAGCACAUUUGUUAUUUAACCAUUUGUGAAUUAAGGUUCUCAAAAUGUAAAACUUUACAAUUAGAACAAUCCACCAUCACCACCACCGUUAUAUUAAACGACAAUCUGAUGUGUGACAGAUGACCAAAACCUGAAAUUAAAGAGUAUGUCAACAGCUAGUGUUUUUACAAAGCACAAGUAAAAAAAAAAAAAGAAAAAAAGAAAAAAAAAAGUGGGAAAAAAAAAAAAAAAAGGAGCAGAACAAGUCAGUAGUUUAGUGCUUUUUAUUAGAGAUAAGGAGACGAUACAAAACAUCCACCAUUCAAUAUCAGUCUUAACUCUGACCGCCGGUCUUUCAUAUACACAUCGCUCCCCAUCAGACCUUCAUAACACCAAUGAUUUUAAAUUGAGGAGAUCCUGGUUUUAACACGUACAAGGAAUGUUCUGUUUACUACAUCAAAUGCCAUAGUUUUCUGACCCAGAACUGGAAAUAAAAAGGAAUCACUCAAGUUUUGGAAUUUGCAUGUUCAAGAAGAAAAAACAAUGGAAUAACAAAACAAAACAAAAAAAAAAAAAAGAA